ACCCUAGCAAUAACAUAAGCAAGAAACUGUAUUUGCAUAAGUAUAUUCCCAUAACUGAACUAAAGUUCUUUUCAUGAGUUCGCGCGAAUUCCAUAAAUAACAAGAAGUUUAUUUCAAUAAUAUGAAUGUAUUGAUUGAUUGCUACUUUGAGUCUAGUGCCAGUUCUUCCUCACAGAUGUAGCAACUGUCGUCUGUCAUUGUCAGCGAGUUGUUGUUUACCCCCGUUGUAAGUCAGUUCGCUUGUGUUAAAUAAGGAGACGCCGGAAGCUUUUUAUUGUUGAAUUUGUACGUAUAUUUGAGGAGCUUGUGGAGCGAAGGUACUACGACCCCAGGCACUGAAUUCAUACAGAUAGCAUGAAUCGUCCGACGAUUGCAGAGCAAGAAGAUCUUGUUAAAGAAUCCCUUUUUAAGUUCCUGAGGAAGCACAUACCAAGUGCUCAGUUGAGUUCUAUUGAUGAGAUUGUUUUGAGAUAUGUAGUAAGCAUACUUGAAGACCUCGGCACAGAAGCAAGUGUGGAAGAAGCUUUUGAUGUUGAAGGUUUUUGUGAGAUGAUGGCAGCGUAUUUCCCCGAAUUUUCCACAAUACAUCACACAGAUGUCUGUCAGUGGAUGUUCGAGUUGGAGGCAACAUUAAGCCAAAAGAAGAGAAAGGAUGAGUGCAACAGCAGCGAUUCCUUUGCAAAGGAUAUACCUGUGCUAACUCUUCAGACGCUUGUACCUACUCGUAACCAUGGUGACAGUGAGAGCAGUGGUGGUGGCAGUGGUGACACCACAAAACGUGUACACCAGCUUUCUGAAAACAGCGAUGGAAGCUCAGACAGCAGUGGGGACUAUUAUUUGGGACAGGAGGAGCCACAGUACGACGCAGCUCAAGUGCAACUCCUACAGGAGAUGUUCCCCAGCGCUUGUACUAUCGAGGUGCGUCACUGCUUGGCCAUUGCCGAGGGUGAUGUCGGCCGUGCUGCUCAGUUGGUACUGCACCGCCAAGAGGCGGGCCAGAGCCUCACCAGCCACUCUCCGGCUAUGACUGCAUUAGCUCAGCGCCAGAAAGCUGUUGUAGAUGAUCAGGAACUGAAAUCACGCAUAAUAGCGAGGUAUAGCUAUGUGGACAAGGAUGAUGAUGUUCGUGAGCACAGGCCAGUGGGACCAAAAGCAGAGCCUAAGAAGCUGGUGAGGUAUCGUGACAACAAGAUUGUCAGUCUUAAAGGAGAACGUUUCACUGAAGUUAAAAAAGAUGAUGAAGAAGAUGUGAAAAAAACAUAUGUGAGCAUCAAGCCAGCAAGGCAGUAUCGUUUCCACUGAUAUUCCUCCUAGAGCUUAUUUGCUCCACAGAAAGGUAUUUUAGCAUCAUCUUUCUGGCUAGAGGAAUGGGAAAUAAAAGAGAGGCCGCACAAAGAGAUGUGAUUUUGAAUGAAAGGUAUUGUUUCAAAGAAGAGAAUUUAUCUUUGCAGCUAAUCUGAAGAAUGAAGUUUUACAAAUUGAACAUAGUGAAAAUAUUACAGAAAAUAUUUAUGCAUUCCUUUCUGUUUGAAGGCAGUUAUACUUUGCACAUGGACUUCAUGUGCCAUUACUAUUCUUGAGCUUUAACUGUUUUCUCUUCUGAAAUUUUGUAAUAUUCUUUUUAAUAUACAGAUCUGAAAUGUGACAUUUUGGAAAGACUGGACAAUUUUCCCCACACUUUAUAACUUGUACAAGUUUUGACACAGCACUGUCUCUGCCAAGAAUGUAUUUAUAAUUAUUACUUCUUAGUGAGAAUGCAACUGAACAUUGCUUUUGUCGGAUGCCAUCACUGAAGUGUUCAUUAAUAUUUCUGAAUAGUAAUAGAGUCUAACAGUAUUCUUGCUGCAGUCUGUACCACUAAUGCCAAGCAUUAGAGACCUAUUUAAUGUUCCUUAGAAGAUAGUUUCCUCACUAUGCUUAUUUUAUUUGUAUAUACAGUUAUUUAGACUACAUGCGCAUAGUUGGAGGAAUAAUAAUGGACACUGCAGGGUAUUCUGGCAUCAAGAAAUUUACCUUUUUUCAGCCAGUCAUCCAGUAUUGAAUUGCUCUGUUACAUGAACUUUCAUAUGACACAGCAGUAAUUGCUGACAUUGCAGUGCAGACAUUUUGUAUAAUUGUGUGCAUAAUUAUUUAUACGAAUUUUGUUACAUGUAAAAAGUGUUGUGUGUUUCUUAUAAUUGUUUUAUUGUAUGUCACAAAAAAGACGUCAUAAAUUGUUUAGUAAGAGACGUUCCAUAUAAAAUGGAACAUGAUAUUAUCAGAGUAUUCUUUGUAUUUGUCUUGUGAAUUACUCAGAUAUUUUCUCAUUUUUAAGGCACAUUAACCUAUGCUCUGGUAGACUGUAUUUUUUCAUUGAUGGGAGUACUCUUUGUACUGGAGCAUUUUUCACUCGUUACGUGUGUGUGUGUGUGUGUGUGUGUGUGUGUGUGUGUGUGUGUGUGUGUGUGUGUGACAGAGAGAGAGAGAGAGAGAGAGAGAGAGAGAGAGAGAGAGAGAGAGAGAGAGAGAGAGACUGAGUGCUAAUAUUGUUUAUUUGACUGAGUGAAAGAAUCAUUUGUUUGUUAGUGUCACAGUUACAAGUUUCUUAUGUCAUAGCUUGCCAUUAUUGAUCAUAGAAGUACUUUAUUUAUCUAAUUAUUUUUUGUAAUUUUUUUAUUUGAUUUUUUUUGUUACAGUUUAUGCAUAUGUGAGUGUCAUAGCUAUUAUCCAAUUGUAAAACUCAGUAUUCAUGACUGAGAAUAUAAAGCAGCUACUAAUUUAAAAAAGGAAAGCUACAGAAUUGUAGAAUAUGUGAAUAUGCUUAAAUGGUUUUGACGUUUAAAAAUGUUUUAAGAAGUUGAAGUACUUCAUUCAGUGCAUUGUUCUGCUUCAUUGGUGUUAUCACAAAUCAAGAAUGAUAAAAUUUAUUUUAGUGUUACUCUGAAACACAAGAAGUCAACAGUAAAAACUCAUGUAAAGAACAAUGUUUUCAUUUUCUCAUUUGAUAACCGCACUUCUCCGUGUGUUUUUCAUAUUCUGUAAAGAUGCUAUGGUAUUUUCAGUUCUUGCACUAACUGGAUAAUCACUGGUGUUAAAAUAGUACUGUGAUACUUUCUUAUUUCCUUAGUUGUGUUUAAAGAAUAACUGUGUCUUGAAAAUUAUCUUAGAAAAAAAUAUGCAGAAUAAUCUGAAUCUUUAUGAUGCCAGCUGUCUUUCACAUUUGGUAACUGUGCAAUAUUAAAUUUGACCAAAUUUAUAAUCAAUGCGACAAGUUUAUUUGCUUGUGCAUGUAAGAGGUAAACACAAAGAAGUGUUUCUACAGGUCCCUCUUUCACAGCAUUGAGAUAACAUUUCCUUUUACAGUUCUACUGCUUAUGAUUUGUGACUUACAAAUCUGCCUUCAGGUAAAUUCUUCUACAGAUGUAGCGUUAGAAGGCCAGUAAAUCUGUGCUAUGUGUGCCAAGUGAUUUAAUUUUAGUGCUAGUUUUGUAUGUACUGCUGCAAGUGUGAUAUUUUUUCGCAGUGUCUUCCUCAGUGGCUAGAGAUGCUUCAGUGUUUUUACAUGAAAAAAUAAGAACAGUGAAAUGUCAUUUCAGAAGUUUUGUAAGGAUUAUGUUAUAUCUACAGAUGGGUGUAUGACUGAAUCCAUUCAAAUCAUUUAAUUAUCAACCUCAUUUUAUUUAUAGCUCUAUUUGAGUGGAUCAGGUGGUUUCAGUGGUUUGUGUGUGUUGGAUGCCCAUAAAGCAAUGCAAUAUAUAUGAUCAGCAAUGUAGUAUUGUUUCCCUUUGUGAUCUUCAUCAUAAGUAAUCUGUUUGGCAUAUUAAUCUGAUAUUUUAAUUGUUUUGUAGUAUUUGCUUUUAAAUCACAAACAUAAGUAACUGCAGCUACAGAUAUAUGGAUGGCUGUACUACUACACUCAAAAGUUCCAUUAAACUACUACUACUGUGCAAGGAUCUUAUAGCAUCAGGAUUUCACAAAGCUUUUUAUAAUGGUUUAUUUCAAAUCAUCAUGGUUCAUUACUUCUUAAAGAUUCCUUGGUUUCAUUGCUGUAUCUUAUUUCUGUUGUACAUUCUUUCUUGAUGACAGUUAUUAAUUAAAGGUGGCAACAAAGGAGGAAAUUACAGUCUCAUUGGUGAUCCCCAAUUUCCUACCAUCUCAAGUUUAGUGCUGCAUCCUUUAUUUCACACCAGCAGUAAAAUAUUGGAGUAAUUUUGUGUUAUCAGUUUUGUUCUGUAUACAUGAGAGCAGUGCAAAGGCCAGUAAGUUUGUUUCCACACUAUUUGUUUUUUUCUCAACAGAACUCUUGGUAUAAUUGUGUUCAGUAUAAAAUAUAAAAUGACUUGGAGGAAAAAUUACAAUGUUGACAUCACUCAUUCUACGACUGUUGUGUCUUUUCUGGUGAAAUUCUGUAGCACUACCAUUGUACAGAGGGACACUCUUCAAUACAAAUACUAUUUUGAGGUUGUGUUUGUUCAGUAUACACAUUCGUUCUUGUACCUGUGUGACAGAUUCUGUUUUUUGCUAAAAUUUAAUUGUAGAAUAGUUAUUAUUGAUUCCACAUAAUUCCAUUAACAUUAAUUUUGUGUUCUUCUGUUUUAUUACAUUAUGUUUGUCAUUUUUCGUUUCAGUUCUAUUUUAUUUAACACAUGCAAUACUGUAUGUUUCUGCCUGUCUCUAAUGACCUCAUGGUUGGUGUGAAGUUACAACCUAAUCUUUCUUCAUUUUGUAUGCUAGUAGUACAAUAAUUUGAAAACAAUGUGCAGAAAAACUUAGUCUUUCUUUGAAAAUAUCAGAACAGUCGUUUUGCACAUUGCUUCAAUAUAAUAUGUCCUGUGACGUUUUGGCCUCAAGUAAAUCCACUGCCUUUUCUGUACUCUUUAAUUUAAAGUUGUACAUUGCCAUGUUUGUAUUGUGCCUAGUGUCUGGUUCAGCAGGAUCAAACAUGCUUUUCAAAAUAAUGAAACUGGUGUUGCUUGGAAUUUAAAAAACAGUUUAAUGCUAAUGGUUACAAAGAUAAACAGCCGUAACCUAAUUGGCAAAGUGUUUACCAACUUAUUGUUCACAAUGAUAAGAUAAAGAACAUGUCUCUUCACUUUUGUAUUAUUAGACAAUAAGGUGCAUAACAAACUGAAAACAGGUAAUAAAAAAGAAGAAAUCAACUGUAAUUAUCAGAAGUAGUUUCUGGUGUGAGGUUUUUUUUUUUUUUUUUUUUUGGGGGGGGGGGGGGGGGCACCUCUUAAGGCAAUAGGAGUGAUGAAAAAGUGACAUAGGUAGAUGACUGAAAGGUUGUGAGGUGUGGAAUAGGGGAUAGACACACAGGCUGGAUAUGGAAUGAGUGGGCAGGGAAUUACAGCAAAAUAGCUAAUGUGAGGCCGGAGGAAAAUUUGGAAAUCUCUUGUUAGAAGAUUAAUUCUUUUCCCCAAAAACUGUAAAACAGUUUGAGUCUAGGACAGGUGUGUAUAAUUUGCAUCUAACAACAUUCAUGCAGUAUCACUGUUGGUUAGCUAAAUGCAUAUGCAUUUUGGUACCAUCUGUCCAGGUGCAAUAAUUUGGACUGACAAAGAGAAUCAUACAGUAUAAUAUAAUUUCUUGAUUUUAUGUCCUAGCAAUGUAAUUGUCAUUAAAGUGAACCUUGAUAACUUCUGUUGUUGUUUGAUCUUGGCAGUCCAGUGUACACUCAGGUAGCUGACUGAAAGUUACCGCCACUGUCAUUCACCAAUUGAAGUGAAGAACAUGAAGAGCUGAGAUAAAUUCCACAUGGUCAUGUGCAACAGAACUGCAACAAAAUAGAGUUUAGCCUCUUUCUACCCCUCACAUCACAUUUUCUCCCAGUAACAGUCUUCACAUACUUCUUUCAUAACUUGGAAUAGUUUGUCUUAACUGCAUACAAAUUAACUUCAUAAUUUUUCUAUUGAUUUGUUACUGAAGAUCUGUAUCCCUGAUCCACUGCUGGUUUAAAAUAGUUGUCAAUGUAUGCAUCAAGAAAUUUUAUUUCAUAUUAACCACAGUAUUUCUGAAAAAAUUUUUCACUCACAUAAAUGAAAAUACGUUUGAUAUAUUUCUGCCAGACAUUGUCACUGCUGAUGAAGUGAAUGACAGUAUAAACUCCAAUUGUCAGAAACUUCUUUUAAUUUAAAUAUUAUGAACUAUAUUUAUCACAGUCGUUAAGGCUGAAAUGUAAAAAAUUGCUUAUUGACAUCACAUUAAUUGGAAAUGAGACUGUCAUUCAUUUUAAAUUUACACUGGGCCCUUUUGACAUUGCUUGAUAGGAAUGUGUGAAGAUGUUUAAUGUGGCAAGUAGUUGGCUUAAUUCACUGUAACAGUGGUGCUGGUAGAAAGUAUGAUUGUUUGAAUCACAGAGAUUAUUUCCCCAGUGGUGAUGGGGGAAAACUGAAUAGAGCAAUUUUAAGAAAGAAAAGACAUUUACGUUUCAUAGAAGUUUUCCACUCAUACUUUCAUAACACUGACUUGCAGUUAUUAUGCUGUUUAUUACUCUAAAAAUGCUUUUUUAUGUGGCAUUAAAUUGUUCUGAUGCUACAUGUUAAAUAGCAAAAAAUCCUUCACCUGUUAUGGUAGAUGAUAAUGGAGAGAAUCACUGAAUAUUAUGUGGCUACAUAAUUAUAUUUUAUGUAGUGCUUCUCUCUUGUGAAAAGUUUAUACAAUUUAGAAUGUAAAUAAUAUCUGGACUAAUUUUCACUGAAUAAAAAUUCAUUGCUGAAUGACUUUUUACUAAAGAGUUACAGUAAUGUAUAUGGUGUUGAGCUAUAUUUAAUGUAAUUGUCUGUUCAUUUGCCAUAAUGGCACUUGUUAUGCUGCUAGAGGAAAUGUGUUCAGAUUUACUCUGGCUGUUUGAUACUAUGUUAUUGAUGUCUUGGCAAAGUCAAACUUGUGUGAAUCAUUGAUCCUUUAUGUGGACUUAAUAUCUUUGUGUGAAACAUUUACAUUUUUCUGUCUAGAGGCUUUACAAAUAGUGUUAUGCAAAUCACCAUUCAAUUUUGUGUAGAAAAUCUAGAGUUAGAAUUUCACAGUGAAAUUCGUUCCACAAAUGUGCACUUUUCCCCCCAGCAACAACUUAAAGAAUCUAAUAUUUGGUAGAAAUGUAGAUGAUAAGAUACCAGAAAGUGUAUAUAUGUGUCUGAUAUUUAAUUUGUAGAGUACGUCAGGCAUGUUGUUGUAAAUAUUAUUUCUAAAAUUUAUUGUGCAUGUAAAUAUUUUAUAUUAAGUAAAAUGACUCUGACCUAUAGGUUCAAAAAUAGUUUCUUUUCUGUCACUCAUCUGUUACAAGAAAAAUUCAUCUUUGGUGAAAACUGUAUUGUACUCUGUUACAUGCAGUAGAAUAGCAGAUUUUCAAUGAUCAGUAAUUCAUACCUCGUGCAAAUUUGUAUAUCCCAACACUUGUAUUUUAUGGCAUAUUUUCAAGGAGGAUAAUGAAGACUUUGUACAAGUGUUUCUUAUCUAAAUAUUCAUAAAUUCUACUGAAAAUGACCAGAAGUAAACCAAUUACACAGAAAUUGGAAACAAACUCUUUUCAUUUUUAUUUAUUGUAGAAGGUAGUGUGCUCAAGUUCAUUAUAGGCCUAUUGAAGUUAGUUACAAUAUGUUUAAUUGAUGUUGUUGCACAUAGCAGACUGAAUUGUGGUGAUUCAUUGUACAUUUUUAUCAUACUUAACCACUUGAUAAAUCAGAUUUUGUAGUGAAUAAGCUGAUAUGCAGAACUUAUGAACAAGGUAAAUGUGCAUAUGAGUAUAGUUGUAACAUGUUGCAUGCAUAUUGUCAUCUUCAGAUUCCUGAAAGUAUCAAGCCAGCUUGUUUAAGUACUUUAUAUUAUGUGGUAUUGAUACUUUUUAGUACAAAAACUGAACCAUUGUUGGGUAAUUUUACAAAAUAUUUUGUAACAAUUGCUGCUGCAAAUCAUUCUGUCAGGUUUUGGUACAUUCAUUAAAAGGAAUUUGUUCUUUUUUUUCAUUUUGGCCUUAACCAAAACAUAGAGAUUCUUCCAUUAAAUGCAGUGAAAAUUUCAUAUCCAGUUGGCCAUAAAUACGGGGUCUAACUAAUACCUGUUUACAAACUUUAGGGACAGGUUCCUUACACCAAAACAAGAAAUAAAGUUGUGUAAACAUGGACUCUACCUUAAGAAUUGUGAGCACUUGUUCUUUUCCUCUACUGUGAAACACAUUUCUUCUAUUGACUACAUGCUCAUUGCUAUUAAGGUAUACAUUUUAGAACCUGUGUUUAAUGGACACCUUUUUCCUUUGUUUUGAUCCUUACUACCUCAUCUCAAAAUUUGGAAAGCAUAGACAAGAUGUGUGUCACAGUACUGAAGAUGGUCAAGUGCUUAUAGCUCUUAAGGUAUGCUUUUCAAAGCCCAUGUUUACCAGACCUUUUUUUCUUGGCUUGCUGUAAGGAACUUGUCCUCAAAAUCUGUGAAGGGAUUUUAAAACAUUUUAAAAACAUUAUUGAUAUAGCCAUGAGAGGCAGAAAGGUUGAAAAAAUGCCCAUUGCUAGCUAACACAGAUUGAACCUAUAAAGAUAGUUGAGAAAUUUGAACUUUCCAGAGAAAUGCAGAAGUAAAGUUAUCAGUAGCACCGGGAAUAUGCAAGAAAUUUAAAGCAUUUUGACUUAUCCUUUGUCUGAAUAUCUUGGCACUAUGGGAAGUAGAGAAUAUAAAAUAUUUAACAGAAUGUGUAAAAUUACAGAAUUCAGAGUUAAUAGAGAUGUUAUCUUGUCUCAUUGCUUCUCAUUCGGCCAUUACCAAAUCUGGUGCUAAGAGAUAAGUCCAAAAGCAAUGAAAUUUCAAAAACUUUUUGCUGUUACUGACUUCUACAGUUUUCGUAUAAGUGGUUAUUUUGCAACAGCUUUUACAGCCCGUAGCAUAUUUUUUGACUUUAUUGCCUGGUGUUGGAGAUAAACAUUAAUUAUGGUACUUCUGAUAAGUGCUUGAGUAUUUAAUUAUUAACAACAACUGGUGUGUCAUUUUGUGACCUCUGAAGAGCCAGGUUGUAAUGUAGAUCACCCGUUGGAAGAAGGGCAAAUAAUGUGCAGUACGAUGAAAAAAAUUGACUGUGUGUUAAAAAUGUGGAACUUGCAGACAAGCGGAAGAGAAAAGUUAAAUAUUUAAAAUAAAGUGAGUGCUUUGCUUCUCAAUUUUUUACACUGGGAUCCUGAAGGAUAAAAAAAAGACAAAAUAUGAAUGCUGCAACUCUGUGUAAAACACAAAUAAUGAUUUACAGAAGUUAGAUGGUAUACCAUUUAUUAUUAUAACAUGGAAAAGUUUGGUUUUAAAACUUUACAGUUCAGUACCGUUUGAGAUUUGUUAUGAGAAUUGUUAACAGCAACUGUACAUAAAUAUACUGAUCUAAAGAGAUAUAAAAGCUGCAGGAGAGAAAUGUAAGUUCAGGGAAAUGCAAAAGAGAUUGUUAACUGAUAAUGAAGUACUGCAGAUAAAAUAGUUGACUGCUUGGUGGUUAGAAAGUAUAGAGCAUAUAGGUAUCAUGCCUGUGUUGAAUUCCAUAGUGGCUUGUUAAUUAUGAAACAAGUUCUGCUUUAUCCAUCUCUAAAUCAUAGAUUCUAUCAUUAUUAGUGUCUUCUUGCUUUUUUUGUCUCUGUUGUGACUUCUCUACACAAUUUCUUUCAUUACGUAAUCCUGGUUGUUGAAAAACUUUUCACUUCCUCCGGUAUCUGUAUGUCUUACACUUUCUAAUUCUAAUAUGUUUGCUUCUCCUGGUAUAGAAGUGGUGUAAAAGUUAUAAUUAAACUAUUGAUGAAGUAGUAACUUGUGCAGUUGAGGUAUUUCAUAAAAGAAGUUAUUGUUUAUGGUUGUCCUGUUUGAACUUUUGUGUUAUUGUCAAUAUUACUGAUUGCAUUUUGGACAAAUAUGCACGUUUUGUAAAACAUUUGGUUUUUAUGCACAGAAAAUUAUUUACUAAAUGGAGGAAAAGAUUGCAGGAAAUUGAACUCUUCAAGGAUAAAGUAGGAAAAUGACCUAGAACCCCCAGUUAGUGGAGUUGUAACAGUACAAGAUGAGAGCCCACCCUGCAUUAAACAUGGUUGCCUGUGUCAUCAUCCUAGUCAGACACUAAAUCCCCCCUGUACCCAUUUCUGUGCAUAUCGUUCAUAUUCUUUUAACUAACUCUGCUGCAAAAUUCAAUACUAUCCUUGAGGUGAAGCAAUUGUACUAGCCUUUUUGUGACCUUUGUUCAGCUUUUUAUGUUGGCACAGCAACAGUUAAGGCUCUUGGUGAGGAUGCAUGUUCAAAAACUGAAAUAUGCUCACUAGCACCAAUCUUACUAUGGGUGCAAUGUGAUAUCAUACUUUACAUGUCAGAACUCAAAUAUACAUGGAAAGAAACUUCGUCUACAGGCUGUUCCAGAAUUAAGUCAAGUCAUUUUUGUCAGUUGCAGUUGCCCACCAUAAAAGACCUACAUUCAUCUAUCUGUUUUCUCCCCUUUCGCUGUCCCUGAUGCUUUGUGACAUCUGUUGUUUUGAUUUCUUUCUUCUAAUUUUCUCUUCACAAAUUACUUCGUAUCUCCCUUUCUUUAUUUUGGUGCCCAUCUUUAUCUGAUGUCACCUCCUAUUCCACCUUAACCCAAACUUAUCUCCUCCUCUCUAUCACUUAAAACAAAACCAGUCUUCUGCUGCUCAACUGGGUGUACUAAGCGACAGUCAGGUAAUACUAAUUCAUGUUGGCUUCUCAGUGAAUAAUGAAAUAGUAUUGAGCUCCCACAGCAAAUAGCUCUAGUUACAUAUAUUGCUAGUGAAUAUUAAUAUAUACUCUAUCUUUCUUCUGAUUUUCAAGAAGUAAUAGCCUGGCAGGACAGAAUGCAAGUUCAGUAUGUGGAUGGCUUUAUUAUUACUAUUAUUAUAAUUGCAUGAUGGUACUAUAUGGGUUAUUUUGCCAUGUUUCAUUACUGCAUGUGUCUGCCAGCUUCAGCCUGAUCUGUAGAAGUUGUUUAAAAUGUUAUUUUAUUGUUGUUUAAUUUUUGGAUACUUUUCUUUAUACACAUACUCUACAGUAUAUUCAAUGUCUGGAAUCAUAAUAUUUAUGCGAACAGAUGCUGGAGAUGGUGUUUGCCUUUGAAAGCUAUUUUUCUUAAAUAUGUUUCUGAUAGCAUUGCAGACAAAUAUGUGUAUUUUGCAGAACAUUUGGUAAUGUAACAUGCACACCAGAUGAUUAAGUCAUAACUUUGAAGCCAAUUGAAAGUAAGGUUUUGUGCCCAAAUGCAUAGGGAGAUUCAGAUUUUUUCAUAGCUGCUAUGAGAUGAGUGCUACUUUGAGUGAGAUGUGUUUUAUGAUUGUAUAGAAGUUACCAGAGUGUUCUUAAACUGUAAGAAUGUAAUGACUUUCAUAAAAUAGUAAAUCAUUGAUAAUUAUUAUAAGAAUUGCUCAGAUAUAUGUUGUUUGACAUACUAACAAUCAACAAGUGUUGGGAAGUCAUAGUGUCAUUAAAAGCUGUUGCCAGUAAUUUGCUAUUAAUGUGGAAAUUUGUCACUAUGGAAGCAAUUCAUAUGAUAAUCUCUGUCUGAGAAGUAGUAAUGUUAUAUGUGUGUUUUGACUGUUUAACUGUUGUUUUUAAGUGUCAGUGUGAAGUUACCCAGAAAUAAAAUACAGAAUGACAGUAGAAAAUCUACGUAAUAUGUUGUACAUUUGUAUCAUCAAGAUGUCGAAUUAAUAAAACAGAAAAAAACCUA